GCGCGUGCUUCUGGGAGUUGCUUGGAGGUUGGCGGUGCAGGGCCGACGGUCCUAAGAGUGAUCAUGUCCCACAAACAAAUUUACUAUUCGGACAAGUACGACGACGAGGAGUUCGAGUACCGGCAUGUCAUGUUGCCCAAGGAUAUAGCCAAGCUGGUCCCUAAAACCCAUUUGAUGUCUGAAUCUGAAUGGAGGAAUCUUGGUGUUCAGCAGAGUCAGGGAUGGGUCCAUUAUAUGAUCCAUGAACCAGAACCACACAUCUUGCUGUUCCGGCGGCCUCUGCCUAAGAAGCCAAAGAAAUGAAGUUGGGGAGCCACUUUUCAGCCUCAAGCUUUACACAGCUGUCCUCACUUACUAACAUCUUUCUGAUAACAUUACUGUGCCUUGUUUCUCACUUUGAUAUGUAAAGGAUGUUCAUUAACACUGAGUGUGCUGGUGACUGCUUUACUGCUUGAGCAGAGCCACCAGCAUCACGGCCCAGCCAGAUCAGUGUUCCUGGGCUACAGUCUCAGCUGAGUGUGACCCCAUAAGUCAUGGUGAGGAAGCAUCUGAGACCAAGUAUCUGUUACAGGGAUUGUGUAAACUUGCUGUCUUGUUUUUUCCUGCCAGGUAUUAUAAGUAUGAUGAUUUAUGUUUCAUUGUGUUGGAAAUUCCAUUUUAUUCAAGAAAUUGUUCCAUAUUGAAAGCCUUGAUUAAAGAGGAGGUUU